AGUAACACAUUGUAGUGCAAGGAAAAAAAAUGAAGGUAGGGAGGUGGAUCAAAGUAGGGGCUUUGGUGGUUGUAAUUGCCAUAGCCAAGCAAUACGGAGGCGCAUUGGGACUGGACAAAGACGCCGCUCUCCACUAUUUCCAGCAAUGGUCGGACCGAUUAGGGAUUUGGGCCAUCCCUCUUUACGUUUCCCUCCACACCCUCUCCAUUUCCCUCUGCUUGCCCUACGCCGUCUUCUUCGAGGCCGGCGCUUCUUUGCUCUUCGGGUUCUUCCCCGCCGUACUCUGCGUCUUUUCCGCUAAGCUUAUGGGGGCUUCCCUCUCUUUCUGGAUUGGCAGGCUGGUUUUCAAAAGUUCAUCUUCUGCAAAGAACUGGGUCCAUAGCAAUAAAUACUUCCAUAUCCUUUCUCGUGGUGUCGAACGUGAUGGUUGGAGAUUUGUCAUUCUUGCACGUUUCUCUCCCAUCCCUUCGUAUGUCAUUAAUUAUGCUCUAGCUGCCACAAAUGUUAGGUUCAUACUGGAUUUUCUGCUUCCUACUGUUAUUGGUGGUAUCCCGAUGAUCCUGCAGAACACUUCCAUUGGUAGCCUUGCUGGUGCGGCGGUUGCGUCAGCAUCUGGCUCUCAGAAAUCAAAGGUUUGGUCUUACGUUUUCCCUUUACUCGGGGUUAUGUCGAGCAUUCUUAUUUCGUUGAGGAUCAAAAAGUAUUCCAGUGAUAUUAGGCUGGCCGAAUCUUCUUCUAGUGAUGACACUAGGAGUGAAUAAUGUCGAACCUGUAAUAUUAUCCUGGCCUCGUUCACUGUUCAGAAUCUUGGCCGGGAGAUUUCUAGUUAUUAGUUUGAUAUGAGCUGAAGAAUUUUUUUUUUCACUUGAAAGACUCUGGAACCAACAGAUUUCUGAGAAACUUAAUCGAAGACUCAUAGUUUU